AUGACGGUCGCUUUGGUUUCGAUAGUACUCUUUAGCUCACUAGUCAUUAUUCAUGGAUCGCAUUUUCUCGGCGGCACUAUUUCGUGGCAUCCAUUUCAUGAAUCUGCUACUGGAUCCCCGGUUGCGAUUGUAAUAACUCAGACAUAUUCAUGGACAUAUUCACUGAUUACAUGUACAACGGCUGACAUUACUACCAAUGAAUUAAUUCAUGUUGGCUCAUAUACUUAUCUGACAACUCAAACACUCGAUUGCAUAAGCAAUUGCUAUUCUGGCGCAGCUGGUUACGUUCCACCUAGUGUCAGACCACGAUGCACGGAUAUUUCAGCACCGUUGGGCACUACUGUUGGACAGCGUUCUGAUAUUGUCUAUUUGUCAGCGAGCAAUGACUUUACUGCUGCUUUUCAACAAAAUGCCUGGCGCCCCCUAGCGACAGCAUUAAGUGCUUCCUGGUCAAUCGCAACACACAUUAAAGUCCAGCCAAGAUCCGAUAAUGGCCUGUACAACAGUGCACCUGUGGCGACUAUGAUGUCUCCGAUCGAAAUCCCUGUAAAUCGUCCCACAGCUGUUACCGUACCUGUCGGUGACGCGGAUGGUGAUACGACACGUUGUCGAUGGUCAACAUCGUCAAAUGGUAUUGAUGAAUGUGGUGGUGUAUGUCCACCUCAUUCACUACCGCCGAAUGCUAUCAUCUAUCCAAACUGUACUAUUAUCAUUACUGGUCAGACGGUUGACAACUGGUUUGCUGUAGCAAUCAUGGUCGAAGAUUUUAUUUCUCCGACGAGCACUACCCCACUCAGUGCGGUACCCGUACAAUUUCUUGUUCAUGUUGUUAAUUCACCAUCGUGUACUACUGAGCCAGUCAUUGCUGGAAUACCGCUUGAAGACUCCUGUACACCUAUAACAGUCGGUCAAACAUUUCACUCGAUGCUAAUUGCGAUUAAUCAUUGUGGUGCAAGUGUAACCAUUGUCGAUAUUUCGACAUUAUCAUUUUCUGGCAUGAUAAAAGGAGAUCUCAUCGAAUUCAAUACGUCAACCUACUACAAAACACUUUCAUGGACACCUACAUCAUCUCAACUUGGCUAUCAAGUUAUGUGUGCCAUGGCUUUAAACAGCCAAAAUGCUCAAUCAGCGCAAUAUUGUUUCAAAUUCUACGUUUCGCAAAAUAACGAACGACUUCGACAACAACCACAACAACAACCACGACAACAACGACAACAACAACAACCACGACAACAACAACAACAACAACGACAACAACCACGACAACGACAACAACAACAACUACGACAACGACGACAACAACCACGACAACGACAACAACAACUACGACAACGACAACAACAACAACUACGACAACGACAACAACAACAACCACGACAACGACAACAACAACAACUACGACAACGACAACAACAACAACCACGACAACGACAACAACAAAGAAACGUAUGUCUACAUUGA